CCCAGCGCUGCAGGUCGGGACACGCGACAUCGCCGAUCAACUCGUACGAGGCUCAGGCUUGGAGGAUUAAUUUCAAAAUAAACAGAAUUUUUUCUUGGAUACAAGAUUACAAUACUAAGACGUGAACGUGUCUUAAUUUUUUGAAAAUGGGAAAACAAAACAGCAAACUUAAACCCGAGGUCCUUGAAGACCUCAAACAAAACACCGAAUUCUCAGAUGCUGAAAUUCAAGAAUGGUACAAAGGAUUUCUAAAAGACUGCCCUAGUGGACACUUGAGUGUUGAAGAAUUUAAAAAAAUUUAUGGAAAUUUUUUUCCUUAUGGUGAUGCAUCAAAGUUUGCAGAGCACGUUUUUAGAACGUUUGACGCCAAUGGGGAUGGAACUAUUGACUUCCGGGAGUUUCUCUGUGCUCUAAGUGUCACAUCGCGUGGCAAAUUGGAGCAAAAGCUCAAAUGGGCUUUUAGCAUGUAUGAUCUUGAUGGCAACGGUUACAUUUCUCGACAAGAGAUGUUAGAAAUUGUAACGGCAAUAUACAAAAUGGUUGGAACAGUAAUGAAAAUGCCAGAAGAUGAAUCGACGCCUGAGAAACGCACAGACAAAAUUUUUCGACAAAUGGACAAAAAUAAGGACGGUAAAUUAUCUCUUGAUGAAUUUAUCGAGGGUGCUAAAAGCGAUCCCUCAAUAGUGCGGCUGUUGCAGUGCGACCCAAGCGCGCAGGCACAGUAAGACCUUGGCGGGAGUGCGAAAAGCUGGCGCUAGCUAUCGUCUCCUCAUUCCUCGUUACAAGUUGAUUGGCAAAAAGCCGGUUGCGUCCCUUAGCACAACUCAUGUUUUGCAAAAUUUACCUUAUCCCCUUUAUUUUUCCUAAUACAUUUCCUUUUGGCCAAAAAUCUACGAUAGAAACUAGCCACAACUAGUACAGUGGAGAACAUUUUUGCAAAAAAAAAAGAAAGUUAAAGUUAUUUAUUGUAAAGCCAGCUGCUGCGAGAUUGUCAUAAUGAAAGGACGCAGGCGCACAUUCUUCGGCGCUCAUUCAGACUCCAAGCGAUACGUUGUCGAUAAUUUUUCAGCUUUUAAAGUAUGAGAAGAGCCGUCCACGGUUAAAAAUUACAUAAUAAAACGAGAGAGAAUGCAAAAUAUUAAAGCAAAGUCAGAAAUUAAAGUUACGACCUCAGAUAUUUUAUUAUAAUCCAGCUCUAAUACUCGUUCACUAUUCAUCAUUGUUGAAGCACUUUAUUACACAAUUACUGUGUUCUAUUUAUUCUCAUGUAUACUACAUUAUUUUUAUCCCAUCCGUUAAUUUUUAAUAAUAUUUUCUCAUUUGCUACCCCUGAAUUUGUUUUAUCGUGAAACUUAUGUCAAUAAAAGCUCAAAUUUUAAUUCAAUGAAGGACUGAUGUAUAAUUGAUAAUCGCUCCCAUAGUUUACUCAAUUGUACAACAUUAGCAGAAAAGCGCAAUAAUAUGUGUGAUACUAUGUUUUAUUAGAAACUGUUAAAUUUACUAUCGAUGUACUUUUUUGUACUUUCAUUUUUGUAUCCUUCCUUUGAUGUCUACUGUUUGCUGUGAGAAUAGUUGUGAUGUUUCAAUUUUAGUAAUACAUAUUAUUUUCAGCUUAAUCGUAUUUUUACACUGGAAAAUUUAUCUGUCCGUCGAGAUUUACUAAUGAAAAUCUUUGAAGUAAUGUAAAUAAGGGACAAUUAUAAAUUAUUGAGCAAUCAAAAAUUGUGAAUCUCAAGAAAGUAUACAUUAGUUGAGCAAAUCAAUUGACCAUGUGUUCAGUGUAUCGAUCAUUGAAAUAAUUUUAUUUUAUUCAUGUUUGGCUAUCAUCUAUAAUUUACUUUGUUGAUAACAUUCAAGCUCCUUUUAUGUAAAAUUCUAAUUACUUGCAAUUAAUUUUAAAAAAAUACUAAUUAUAUUUGGCUCAUACACACAAGUUCAUAAAUAUAUACACGAUUUAUUUGAAAAAA